AUGGCAACCGAAAUGUACGGACAUCGACUCUUGUACUCCGAGAAGGACAUCUUCUCAUCAGACGUAAUGUUGGAGUAUUCCACCGAAGAGUGUUACUUAAAUUGGCCAAGGUCACCAGAUUCCGGCCGUUCCAGCUUGGAACCGACUUCGUCGCUGGACGGAAACCACGAGUCUACACAUAUAGCGUAUAGAGGAUUGCCGAACGAUAUUUUAGAGGAGGAAGACGCUGACCUGGAAGCGUCUGGAAAGAGAAGAGGCCGCGCCACCAGUGCGGCGGUUUUGAAGCGACGUCGUCUAGCUGCUAAUGCCAGAGAGAGGAGACGAAUGCAAAAUCUGAAUAAGGCGUUCGACAGACUCCGUGGUCACCUACCCUCCCUGGGCGCUGAUCGUCAACUAUCCAAGUACGAGACACUGCAAAUGGCGCAGACCUACAUUGCGGCGUUGUACGAACUGUUGCAGUGA